AUGUACGGCGAACUUAUCCCACUCGGCGGCGGCGACCCGAUCCCAUUAUUGAAGAAAGACCUACUCAUAGGUCGCCGCGAAAGCUGCGCGAUUGUGCUGCGUUUUCCGAAUGUUUCAGCCCAUCACUGCCGCCUCACCCUCAAUGGUGGCUAUUGGUACGUGAAAGACGAGAACAGUCGCAACGGUGUCAAAGUGAACGAAGUUCGCGUUACCGAGAAGCGGCUCGAUCCCGGCGACACGUUGUCGGUCGCUAAGCAUCGCUACGAGAUUCAAUACUCUCCGGCAGAGCUUGGCGCGGUUGGUCCUCCGCCGGCCGACGAUCUUUCGUCCGACAUCUUCAACCGCUCGCUGCUCGAACGCGCUGGGCUCAGCAAGAACGAUCAGGUGCAAAUGUCCGGCAGUGGUCGCUCACGUCGCUACGAUGUGAUGAACGACGGCGCCGGCCAAAUCAAAGCCAUGGCCAAGAAGAAACGGAAAAUUCGGGCGACCUUUCGUAAGAACCGCGACUCGCGUACGCGGGACGGCGACUUCACCCAGCGUUACGCCCAGGACGAAGAGCAGACCGAAAACGUCCGCCAAAGCGAACGCAUCAGCGGUAAGGGGGAGCUCACCCGCAAGCGAACCGUUUUCGCCAGCGACGAGGACGGCGAAGAGUUCGACCUGCAGAUCGACGAGGCCGGCAGCCUCACCGGUCGGGUGCUCAGCGUGCGAGGACUGUUCAGCACCGUCGAUGCUGAAGACGGAAAGCAAUACGAAUGCGCCACGCGGCGGUUGCUGAAAACCCUCAGUACCGAUAAGCGGCAUGUCGUGGCCACCGGCGAUCUGGUGGUGUUCCGCCCCGUGGGCGAGGACGAGGGGAUCAUCCUCAAGACCGAGCCGCGUCACGGCACCAUCAGCCGCACCAGCCGGGGCCGACAACACGUGAUCGUCACUAACGUCGACUUGUUCGUCAUCGUCACCAGUGCGGCCGAGCCCUAUUUGAAGCCGCACCUGAUCGAUCGCUUUCUGGUCACUGCCGAAAAGGCCGGCAUCGAGCCGUUGAUCUGUAUCAACAAGAUUGACCUGGUCGAUCCGGCGUUGCUGCAACCGCUGGUGGGGGCCUAUCGCCAAAUCGGCUACACCACGCUGCUCACCAGCAUGGUCACCGGACAAGGCAUUUCCCGGCUGCGGCAACUCCUUCGCGGACAGGAAAGCGCCGUCGUGGGGCAAAGCGGUGUGGGUAAGUCUUCACUGCUCAAUCGAAUCCAAAAGGGGCUCGAUCUCCGCGUGGGCGCCGUCAGUGCCGAGUCGCAGAAGGGUCGCCACACCACCACCACGGCUACCCUGUGGCCGCUGGAAGGUGGAGGGUACAUUGUCGACACGCCCGGCAUUCGCCAGUUCGAAUUGUGGGAUGUGAUCCCGGAGGAAAUCGCCGGCUUCUUCCCCGACCUGCGGCCCUUCGUCAGCGGCUGCCGGUUCGCCGACUGCUCGCACACCCACGAAGAAGACUGCGCCGUGAAAGACGCCGUGGCCGACGACCUGGUGAACGCCCGACGGUACGAAAGCUAUUGCCACAUGUUCGCAGGCAGCAACGCCCCGAUGGAUCGACCUCGCUCAUCAACUCCAGUCGCGGCCGAGUUCACCUGGCAGGCCGUGCUGUUGGGCGUGGUGCUUUCGGUGGUGAUGGGCGCGGCCAACGUCUACUUGGGUCUGCGGGCCGGCAUGACUGUAUCGGCUUCGAUCCCGGCGGCGGUUGUAGCGACCGGAAUUCUACGCGGGCUCAUGCGAAGGCAAUCGUUGCUGGAAGCCAAUCUCGUGCAGACCAGCGCCUCGGCCGGAGAGUCGCUGGCCGCGGGAAUCAUCUUCACGAUGCCUGCCCUGAUCAUCGUGGGCCUGUGGGAUUCGUUCGACUACUGGACCACCACGCUCAUCGCCCUGGCCGGCGGAUGGCUGGGAAUCUUGCUCAUGAUUCCCAUGCGCAGGGUCUUCGUCGUCGAAGACAAAGAGCUGCAGUUUCCUGAAGGGGUCGCCUGUGCCGAAGUACUGAGGGCCGGCGACAGCGACUCCAGCGGAACGGCCGACGUAAUGAAGGGCCUCGCCGUGGGGGCCGUCUUGAAGUUGGCCACUUCUUAUGUCGAGGUGCUUCGUGAAAGUGUCUCUCGAGCCGUCUUCGCGCGGGGACACGUGUUUUACUUCGGCUCCGAUAUCUCGCCCGCACUGUUGGCUGUCGGUACGAUCGUGGGCCUCUCGAUCUCGGUGCAGAUCUUUCUCGGCGGCGCCAUCGGGUGGUUGAUCGCCAUCCCCAUGUUCAGCGUUCCGCCUAAUGCAGAAUCCCCCGUCGAUGCGGCCUACGGUCUGUGGAGCACUCAAGUCCGCUACAUCGGGGUCGGGGCCAUGCUUGUCGGUGGUGUGGUUUCGGUAUGGCGCGUCCGUAACGGGCUGGUUCGCGCGGUGACCGAACUGCUCGAACAACUCGGAGGUUCAACUUCCGGAACCAAAACCGAACAAGAGCGAGACAUCUCCGGCACGGCGAUUGUCUUGCUGGGGUUGGCCUCGUUUGCCACCGCGGGAAUGGUCUACUUUGAAGCUUUGAACCAAGCUGUAUUGAUCACCGUGUUGGCCUUAUUCGCGAUGGCCGUGAUGGCGUUCUUCUUCAGCGCGGUGGCCAGUUACAUCGUGGGACUGGUGGGCAACUCGAAUAGUCCCGUCUCGGGCAUGACCAUCACCGCCGUGUUGCUCACCGGUUUGCUUAUCUGGACGAGCGGCUACACGGGCCCCGAAGCCAUGAUGGCCACCCUCGGCGUGGCCGGCGUGGUGUGUUGCGUGGCCUGCACCUCCGGCGAUGUGUGUAACGACUUGAAGACAGGUCACAUCGUCGGUGCAUCGCCCCGACGGCAACAGAUGAUGCAGAUCAUCGGCGUUGCGGUGGCGGCCUUCGUGAUGGCGCCGGUCAUGAAGAUCCUGCACGAAGGCUCACUCCGCGCGGGCAAGGGCGGGCUCGGUUCGGCCGACCUCCCUGCCCCGCAAGCCGGGCUGUUUGCCUCGCUGGUCGAAGGCUUCUUCGGCGACGAACAACUCCCCUGGCAAAUGGUCGCCAUCGGGGUCGGUCUCGCCCUGGUCAUUCUCGCCGUCGACCUGCUGCUGGCCAAGAGUGAAUCGACCUUCCGGCUACACGUGAUGCCGGUGGCUGUGGGCAUUUACCUGCCGCUCUCGCUUUCAGUGCCGAUCUUAAUGGGCGGAUUGGUAAACUUCGCGAUCGUGCAACGUACGCGGCGGAAAGAAAAAGCCGUGAAAGACUCGGCGCUCAAACGUGGCGUGCUGAUCGCCUCGGGGAUGAUCGCCGGAGAGUCGCUGUUGGGCGUCGGCUUGGGGUUCAUCCGCUUCGUCGAUUGGGCCCCCCCGAACCUCGGAGAAUAUGCAACCGAACAGUUCGGCCUGGCCCCCGGAGUGCUCGAAGCCGCCUCGGUCGUGGCCCUGAUGGCCGUAAUGUCCUGGAGAAAUUGCUUGCCUGCGAAAGAACUGAAUCGCACGGAUAGUGUGGACCAGGAAGCGGCCGUAUUGGUCGGGGUCUCUCUCAACGGAAGUGACAGCCCGAAGGACCUGCUCGAAGAACUCGAGGGGUUGUCUGAAACCGCAGGCACCCGCGUCGUGGGUCGCCUCACUCAGCGUCGCUCGACGCCUGAUAAAACCACUUACCUGGGCAAGGGUAAAGUCGAAGAACUCGUAGAAGUCGUACACGGCACCGACGCCGACGUGGUGAUCUUCGACAACGAUCUCUCUCCCGCUCAAACCCGCAACUUGGAGCGGGCCCUCGAUGUCAAAGUGAUCGACCGCAGCGAGUUGAUCCUCGACAUCUUCGCCAGCCGCGCCCAAACGCACGAAGCCCGCCUGGCUGUAGAGUUGGCCCAAUUGCAAUACUCCCUACCCCGCUUGAAGCGAAUGUGGACGCACUUGUCGCGACUCAAGAUGGGUAUCGGCAUGCGUGGCCCCGGUGAAAAGCAACUUGAGGUGGACCGCCGCCUGGUCGAAAAGCGGAUUCACGACCUGCAGACAGAACUGUCCGCCAUCGAGCGUCGCAAAGAACGCCAGGUGGCCGCGCGACGCGAGCACAUGACGGUCUCGCUGGUCGGCUAUACCAACGCCGGCAAGAGCACCCUGCUGAACAAACUAACCGGUGCGGGCGUGUUGGCCGAAGACAAACUCUUCGCCACGCUCGAUACCCGCACGCGACGUUGGCAUCUGCCCGGUUGGGGCCCCGUGCUGCUGAGCGACACGGUCGGGUUCAUUCGCGACCUGCCUCACCAUCUCAUCGCCAGCUUCAAAGCCACGUUGGAAGAAGCCCGGCGGGCCGACCUGCUGUUGCACGUGGCCGAUGCGUCGAACCCCAAUGCCGAACAUCAAAUCCGCUCGGUGUACGCCGUGCUGGAAGAGUUGGGCAUCGAAGAGAAAGACACGCUGUUAGUGCUGAAUAAGGCCGAUUCGGUCGACCGGACCGAUGUGGAAGUGCUGCUGCAGCAUUAUCCGCACGCCAUCGCCAUUAGCGCGCGAAGUGGCGAGAACCUCGCACAGCUUUCCGCCGCCGUAAGCGACGCCCUCAGUGCUGGCUUCGCCGAAGUCGAUGUGGAAACCGGCGUCGAGAAUGGCCGCUUGCUGGCUUUCCUGGCCGCCAAGGGUGAGGUCUACUCGAAUCGCUACCACGACGACUCACGAGUGACCGUGCAUUGCCGACUGCCGAGGCGGUUCCUGGGACAGAUCGACAGCCCGGGCACCAAGAUUCGUAGGCAUGCCGAUGCUUCCAGCCUCGGCAACGACGCCUCCCGGGUUGCGGAAUCGAUUGAAGACGUGGCAUAA